AUGGUCCGCCUUAUUACGCACAACCUCCUUGCGUGCCACGUAAAAGGAUGCACGUCAAACAAUUUCCCUUUGGAGUUCAAGGAUGCGAAGCUUGAGCUGCGGGAGGCCGAAUAUAAUCAAGAAUUCAUCAGGGGGUUUCUGCCAAAGAUUGAGUGGAAGGCGUUGGUUGAUACGGCCAGACAGCUAGGAGAUACCUCGCUACCUCUUGAACAACCGGAAAUGUUGGAUGACGAGUUUUUGAAGAAUUUACACCACGUUCUUCUUGAGGUCCACGUCGAAGAAGGCUCGAUGAUCUGCCCGAACUGCAAACAUGAUUAUCCCAUUUCAAACGGCAUACCAAACAUGCUCUUGGCUGAACACGAAAUAGGGUAG